AUGACUCCGUUGCCAGUGUCAGAGAACAAUCCCUUCCAGUCCUUGAUCAGGAGGCCAGCUAUUAUUCAAUCCGAAUACGAGGAGUACCGAGAAGAUCGCAAAGAGCGACAAACCGACCAUAUUGUCUCAGGAUCCUUCCAUCGCUGGUCACUCGACAAGAUAUUGAUGCAACUCAACGGCCCUAAAGAGGAAUACAGAUUUCUUGACCCACGCAAUUGUCUUUGCAUAUGGGCCAGACCUUCGUCCCAGGUCCAUGACCUGAUAACCUUUGUUCAAGAAAAGUUGAAGGACCUCGUCCCUUCACUCUGGCUAAUGCCGCCUGAUUGCCUUCACAUGACUGUCUUGGAAAUAGCGUACGCUCAGUCCGAAUGGCAAAUCGAAGAAUUAGUGCGGACUCUCCAGUCAUCCAAGGACGUCACACCUUCAGACAUUGCAGCAUACCCACGCAGUCACCCCGUACGCCUCGUCAAGCCUAUGCUGAGCCUUGAUACUGCCGGUCUGUCUCUCACUUUUGUUCCGGCUGUAAUAGAGGAUGAAUAUGCUAGCCCCAGUGAGCAUUACACAUACCACCAUCUUCGCCGAGAUAUCUUUGAACUGGUGCAGCAGGCCAAAGUCCCUCUUGGUACCCGCUACAGAGCUCGAGAUCUUACCUCGGCAUAUGUCACUAUUGCGCGAUUCAUUUCUCAUGAUGGGUUUUCAGCCAAGGUUUACGAGGGAGAGAUGAUCGAUCACCGCCGUGUCAGGUCGUUUGUGGAGGAGAUUGACUUGAUAAAUAUGGAGUUGGAGAAUAAAUAUUGGCCUCGUAAGGGCGAAAUUAAGGAGGGGGGGUGA